AUGGAUCCACUUCAAGAGACCGUCAAAGAAAUUCGUUGGAAUGUUCUUGAAAGCUUAUCUAAAGUUGCCCGUUUUUCUCGUGAUACUGCGGCAACUAUUUUAGAACAUCCAAUCGCGCGUCCUAUUCUCCCACACCUUCCGCCAGCUAUCAAUAAUCUUAUACAAACAGAGCAAACUCGUUCAGUAGUUGAUGAAUACGAUGCCGGUAGGGUUUAUCUAGCCAAAUGGGCCACAAGUCUCGACGAUGCCAGUAGAGCGGAACGUUCAGAAAAGUGUGAUGAUAGCUUAUCUGAGCGUCGGAGAAGACGGUGGUCUGAUAGCGAACCAAAAAGAUGGGAAGAAGAGACGGAGGUGGGAACUUUUGAAGUUUUAAAUGACGAGAUAACAUCAUCUCCGUUGCAUGCUAUAAGAACCGAUCCUCUUAAUGCAGAAAGAUGGUUUUCAUUCUUCGAUGCAGAGGGGAGGCUCAAAGUCGAAUUAAAUGAAGUACGAGAAGCGGUGUUUCGUGGAGGUGUUGAAAAUGACAUUCGUAUUGAAGUAUGGAAAUUUUUUUUGGGAAUGUACCAGUGGGAUUCCAGUCGGGUAGAAAGAGAGAAUUUGUUAGAUGCGAAGGCGCAGGAAUAUUGGAGAUUGAAACGAGAAUGGUGGGAUUCACCUGAAGUUCUAAAUAGCGAUGAUUUUAAAGAACAGAAAAUGCGAAUAGAAAAGGAUGUAAUCCGAACUGAUCGUACCAUGGAGUUUUUUGCUGUAGAAGAUAUGCCACAUCCUGAUCCGUUAAUUUCUGCAUCCUCAAAAACAACAAACAAAAAACUUGAGGCAAUGAAGGAUAUUUUAAUGACUAAUAUGCAAUCAGGAGAUACCGAACAUGAUAAGAUUUUGAUUAUUCGUCGUAUUAUUAUAUUUGCAGGAUACGUGCAAGGAAUGAGUGAUUUAUUAGCUCCUGUAUUUAUCGUCAUGGAAGAGGAAGUCUCCGCAUUUUGGGCGUUCGUAGGUUUUAUGGAGCGCAUGAAAUAUAAUUUCUACAGAGAUCAAAGUGGAAUGAGACGUCAACUUCUUACUCUUGAACAUUUAAUUAAAUUCAUGGAUCCUCCACUAUAUAGACAUCUUAUCCUAUGGUCAGACUAUCUAUGCACGAAAUUUCAUUUAUUCGUUGCUUUGGCUAUUUUGGAUAAGCAUCGGAUGGUGAUCAUCGAAUAUUUGAAACAAUUCGACGAAAUUUUAAAGUACGUAAAUGAUUUAUCAAUGACAAUACCCGUGGAUGAAACGCUAUUACGAGCCGAAACGCUUUUUCAUCAAUUUCAACGAAGGGUUGAGGCAAUUGACCGAAAACGAUUAAAUAUGCAGCAAGAUAAUCAAAAUUCUGGCGGAUCUUUACGAAGAAGAGUUGGUGAGUCUGUGGUACAAAAUGGUUCCGCUGGUGAAGGAUCCAGUUCAGAUGCUACUGAUGCGGUCGAUAAAUUGCCAAUCAUAAGCGAAUUAUUAAGGGAUCUACUUGAUAAAUAA